UAUCGUGGCUGAAGUCGCGGAACAUUUUUUGUCAUAAAAUUCUCGUUUGUUUUUAAAUAGUGAUGUUUGUGUUUAUUAAUAUUUGUAUUAUUCAAUAAUAUUUAUUAAAAAGUACAGUAUGGAAUAAUUAUACCCUUGAAGAUGCAUAAAUUAAUAUAAUGUAUAAUGUUUUGUUUUGUUGCAAAAAAUUGACAGUCAAGGGGUCGACGCCGAGUAUUAUUUGAUUGUAAAAAGUUAUAUUAUUACGGUUUUUAUUUAAAUGGUGGAACUUGCGUUAGUUUUAGUGAUUUUGAACUGUAAAUGUGAUAGGAAAUGUCCGAAAACACUGAUGAGUUGCGGAAUAUGCUUAUAACUUUUCGAGUUUCGGAGCUGCAGAUGUUAUUGGGUUUUGCUGGAAGAAAUAAGUCAGGAAGAAAAAACGAACUUCAACAAAGAGCUCUUGAGCUCUUGAGAGUUAGGUCUCAUCCCAUUCAUCAAAAGAUUAGAGAUCUUUAUAAAACCAUUCAACAAAGUGGGGCAUUAACUGGUGUCCCUCCCCCAAGUUCUUCUCCAGGAAAUAAAGACCUGUCUUCUACAGGCCAAGUUAACAACAUGCCACAAAAUCAAGGAGUCCCUCGCACUACUGCUGCUGUGCACCCAUACAAUGUCGAUACAAGACAAAUGGCUACUCGUGCUCAGCAGGUAUAUCAACAGAAUUUAUAUUCACCUUAUCCACAAUAUUCAACUGCCAAGCAGCCACAAAGCAUUCUCACCAGUAAUUAUCCUAUUCACCCUGACGUCAAGUUCAGAAGACUGCCAUUUUAUGACAUAUUAGCAGAUCUCCUUAAACCAUCGUCAUUAGUUCCCCAGAGCAACCAAAGAAUGCAGGAGGGUACAUUUUACUUUCAUCUUACACCUCAGCAAGCUACUGAUGUCGCUAGCUCUAGAGAUAUCCGACCUGGUGUUAAAUGUGAUUAUGUUAAACAAGUACAAAUGCGGUUCUGCCUUUUGGAGACCACCUGUGAACAAGAAGAUUAUUUCCCCCCAAAUGUUAUAGUUAAGGUUAAUAACAAACUCUGCCCACUACCGAACCCUAUUCCUACAAACAAACCCGGUGUUGAACCUAAACGGCCACCCCGUCCAGUAAAUAUAACUCAGUUGGUUAAAUUAAGCCCUACAGUGGCUAAUACCAUAACUGUAUCGUGGGCGGCAGAUUACGGCCGAGGGUACGCAAUAACAGUUGCGCUCGUCCACAAAUUAACAUCAUUUGAUCUUCUUCAGCGUUUGAAAAACAAAGGUGUUAAGAAUGCAGAUCACACUAGAGCUCUAAUCAAAGAAAAAUUGAGUGAUGAUGGCGAUUGCGAGAUUGCCACAACAUCAUUAAGGGUGUCCUUAAUGUGUCCUUUGGGUAAAAUGAGAAUGACCACCCCAUGUCGAGCCAUUACUUGUAGCCAUUUGCAGUGCUUUGAUGCCUCUUUAUAUCUACAAAUGAAUGAACGUAAACCAACUUGGAACUGUCCUGUGUGCGAUAAACCUUCUCUGUAUGACAAUUUGGUUAUAGAUGGGUAUUUCCAAGAAGUAUUGAACUCACCCACCUUACUUUCUGAGUGCAAUGAAAUUCAGCUCCACAAAGACGGAUCGUGGAGUACUCAAAAUCAAGAGAAAAAGACUGUAAAAAUUGAAAAACCCACUGUUAUUGGUAUUGAUGACUCUAUUGAAAUUAUCGGAGAUGAUGUUGAAAUUGUUGUGAACAAUACGGCAACAUCAUCGACCGAUAAACCUAAACAGGAAGAGAAGACUCCCGAGAAGAAAAAGGACGUGGUUGACCUUACUCUGUCGGAUUCUGACGAUGACGAACCUUUAGCCAAAAGACGAGCCGUAAAUCCGAAACCUGAUUCCACAAGCAUAUCGUCUAGCAGCAACCAAUCUAGAGUGACUACAACACCUGGUCCAUCAUCAGUGUCUAGUUCCGGAUACCCCGCCAGCCCAUCUGUCAUAAAUUUGGACAGCCCAUCUCCGCCGCGUUCCCCUCACCCUACACCUCAACCGCAGCAGCCUCCGCAGCCACCAUCCUGCAUGAUGGCAGGACAAACUAAUGGAAACUCAAAACAGCCUACACCUUUUAUGAGUCCGAGUAAUAGUUUGCCCUAUUUAGAUCUGGAUAAUGAGGCAGCUAGCGCUACCAUAAAUUAUCCGACAAGUUACUGAACAGGCAACAGCGACUGAGGUAAUAGUACCAAAUCUAAAGGAACGUGUGUAAAUUUGGGGGUGUAUCGUCGGAAAUACCUGCAAAUAUUUUAUAAGAAAAGACGUUUCUAAUUCAGUUUCUCGCUGUAAGUGUAAUGUAUAUAUCAAAUGGAAAUAAUUGUUACCAUAAACGUUUUAUAUUUUUGAUGACGGAAGAGUAAUUCUUUGUUCACCAGCAGUUCAUUAAAUAUUUAGUAAGUCAAAUUAAAUAUUUAGUAGCUGAUAAAUGGUAGUUGUGAAGUUUAUAUUUGUCAGUGACCGAGAUAGGUAUUUUUUUCUUAACGACGGCUACAAUAACAGUUUUAAAUAUUAAAAUGCCUGUAAAUUUUUUUCUGUUUGGUGUUGGACAAGAAUUUGAGCAUUCGCUUGUUGAAGUAAUUGGACAGUAUUUGUGAAGUGUGUGGGAGUCUCGUCUUUGCUUGUCCACCAAAUAUUUUGAUCGAAGGGCUUUUAUAGUAGCUGUCGGUGUCAAAAACAGAAUUUUUUCAAUCUAUCGAAGCAUUGAAGUGACUAAUAUUGUUACACUUCACUAUCAAGUUCUGUUUAUAGGCAACUAUGCGGACGGAGAGUUUUACUUAUUUAUCGAGCGUUUGUUAAUUUCACUAUUCACAAGUAAGUAUUUAGAUUUUCUUACGAGGUUUUUUGCAUUAUUCCUAGAUUAAGUUGAAUUUUUGGCACACUAACAUGUUAGCAUUGAAUAAAAGAUAGUGGAUCUGCCUUUUAUUUUUUCAGUAGCCAAAAUGCAUUAUUAUUCGAUGUGAAGAAUUACUAUUUUGAAAUACAGGGUUAAUUUUUAUUUCCUUGAAAAUUAAUCCAAACUUUAUUUCUGUCUUAUAUUUAGAGAGUUUUUUAUCGUUUCAUGUACAGCAGUCGAAUGGCAUUUAAGUAAUUGCAGUUUUAUAUUAUUUAGUCCUCUAGUUCUUAUGUAUAUGUGGCAAAACAGUUAUAAUAACACAGGCACACAAAAAAAGUCAUAUAUUGUCUAACAGAGUAUGAUAACCCUCUUUUAUUUUCGUCCGCUGAAGACGAUGGAGCCAUCAGAAAUGCACUAUCACGUCACGAUUUUUCUCUAACUUCAAGAAAUGGCUCAAAAUCAGUGAAAAUCUGUAUUGUUAAAAUAGUUAAGAUUUUGAAAAUAAAGUACACAGACGUGCUAAUAGGAUCAAAACAAAACCUCUUUAUUCCCACACUUUUUUCUCUAAAAUGGCUCCUUGUGGAGUUACAACCCUUUGUAUCCGAUUUUGAGCAUUGAAAUGCCCAUAACUCCCUAAGAAUGCAUUUUAGAGAAAAAAAAUUACAAAAAUAAAAUGUUCUUGUUUUGACCCAAUUAACACACUAACAACAAACAA